AUGACUGAAAAGACAACAUUCGGCGAUGUCAACUACGCAUCGCGCAAGGAUGACUAUGCUUCCCACAAAGAGCAGACAAUUCAUGAUGAAGCUCCCGCUCGCCAGGCUUCUGUCGCCCUCAACAUUGUUGACAACCCUCUGAGACGCGGCAACAAGGAGACUAUCGUCCACGAUGCCAGGACAUUCGCUGAAUCGAACGGCAUGGCCGACCAUGCAGCUCUCUUCGGCAGAGCGGCUCUUGUCGCACGCGACCCCCAGAACUUCGNNGAGUCCAUCCCCGAUCUCACAGAAGAAGAGCGUGCAGCACUCAUCUACGAAAGAGACCACAAAUGGCAUGGACCUAAGAUGCUCUGGUUCUCGAUCGGUCUUUGUGCCAUCGGUGCUGCUACACAGGGCUGGGAUCAAACCGGUUCAAACGGAGCCAACCUGUCUUUCCCUGAAGAAUUUGGCCUCACCGGAACCGCAAGGGGCGAGUGGAUUGUCGGUCUUAUUAACUCUAUCAUUUUCUUGACUGCUGGUCUCAUAGGUGAAAUCUUCCUCACCGCUGCCUGUCUUACCGCCACUCCUAUCGGUUCCGGGUUCGCACAAUCAUGGCAUGGUCUCUUCGCUGCCCGUUUCAUCAUGGGCAUCGGCAUUGGUGCAAAGAACGCUACCGUCCCAAUUUACUCCGCUGAGAUGGCACCUGCUCGCAUCCGUGGCGCUCUUGUCAUGUUCUGGCAGCUUUGGGUCGUCAUUGGUAAGAUCGCGGAACUUACGAGAUACUUUGGAUACUCCAUACUGAUCAUUCUUCUUANNGGUAUUUUCCUUGGAUUCUGCGCAAACGUUAUCGUGAAGGACGUCCCUCGCAUCGCAUGGCGUCUCCAGCUCGGAUCUGCCUUUAUCCCAUCCUUUAUCCUUAUGUGUGGUAUAUGGUUUUGUCCCGAGAGUCCUCGCUGGCUCAUGAAGCACGGCAAAAUAGCUCAGGGCUUCCAGUCCAUGGCCACGUUGCGUGCACACCCCAUUAUCGGCGCCAGAGACUACUACUAUUCCUACGUUAUCUACGAGGAGGAACUCAAGGUUGCCCAGGGUUCGACCUACUUCACUCGUCUCAGAGAUUGCUUCACCGUACCUCGCAUUCGCAGAGCCAACUAUGGUGCCUCGACUGUUAUGAUUGCUCAGCAGAUGUGCGGUAUUAACAGUAAGUCAAUAUUAUUGUCAUUUGUUGUUCGCGAAUCUGACACCUUGCAGNUCAUCUCGUUCUACAGCUCCACCAUCUUCACCAACGCCAACUACACAUCUGACCAGGCUUUGUACGCUUCUCUCGGCUACGGUGCCAUUCAAGUUGUUUUCACAAUUCCUACGCUCUUCAUGAUCGAUACCCAAGGCCGAAGAAAGCUGUGUCUGAUCACAUUCCCUCUCAUGUGUAUCUUCUUGCUAGCGGCAGGCUUGUCGCUGUUGCAACCCGAAAGCGUUGGAAAAUCUGCCAGAGUUGGACCCGUUAUCCUGUUCGUCUACCUCUUCACCAUCAUGUACUCUUUGGGAGAAGGCCCCGUGGCAUUCCAGUACUCAGCCGAGGUCUUCCCCACCAUUCAGCGUGAGCAGGGAAUGGCAUGGGCUGUCUGCAUCAACAACACCUUCGUCCUCAGUUUGACAUUCNCCCGUAUGUCAUCCGUCAUGACCCAAACCGGUGCCUUUGGCUUCUACGCCGGCCUCAACCUGAUCGCUUGGGGCAUGAUCUUUUGCUUUGUCCGCGAGACUAAGCAACUCACCCUGGAGGAAAUUGACCAGGUCUUCUCGGUGCCCACAAGAGACUUCCUCAAGUACGAAACGGGCACCUGGUUGCCUUGGUUCGUCAAGCGCUACCUCCUGUUCCAGAAGAACACUCCCAGACCCCCACCAAUCAUUGAGAAGGCCAGCUGGACUGACAAAGUCGAGCCUGUGACUGCUUGA